AAUCAUAAUAAUACUAAUGAUAAUGCGAGGCACAUUUACUACCCGUGGAAUACGCAAUGAGUGUCCCUUACAUUUCACACACAAACACCAGAAAUUCGAAGGACACAGAAAGCUAAACAACAAUGGCGGAGGAAGGCGGCGGCGUUGGCGGCGAGGAAUACCUGUUCAAGAUAGUGGUAAUCGGAGAUUCGGCCGUGGGCAAGUCCAAUCUGCUCUCCCGCUUCGCCCGGGACGAGUUUGACCACCACUCAAAGGCUACCAUCGGCGUCGAGUUCCAGACGCAGGUCGUCGAGGUCGACGGCAAGGAGAUCAAGGCCCAGGUUUGGGACACCGCCGGCCAGGAGCGGUUCCGGGCAGUCACCUCCGCCUACUACCGCGGCGCCGUCGGGGCCCUCAUCGUCUACGACAUCACCAGAAAGGCCACCUUCGAGAGUGUCCAGCGAUGGCUUGAUGAGCUUAACAUUCAUUGUGAUACUACAGUGGCAAAAAUGCUAGUCGGGAACAAGUGUGAUUUGGACAACAUUAGAGAAGUGAGUGUGGAGAAUGGUAAGACUUUUGCCGAGCAAAAAGGAUUGUUCUUCAUAGAGACCUCGGCCCUCGACUCUACUAACGUGAAUGAGGCUUUUGAGGUUGUGAUUCGAGAGAUUUACGAUAAGGUUAGCCGCAAAAUACUAAACUCAAACUCAUACAAAGCCGAGCUAUCAUCAAAUCGUGUCGAUGUCAACUUGUCCAAGGCAAAUAGCAGCACAUUUGCAUGCUGUUCGAGAUGAUUUUUUUAUUUUUAUUUUAUUUUUCUGAAAAUCCUUUUGAGACACCCCCCUAUCUAUGUAAUUUAGAUUGGUUUGUGUUCACAAAGGACAAUGAGAUGGUAAUUGAUAUUUCAGGAUUUGAAAGCUUGAUUUUUGUGGUGGCUAUUUAUCUUGUUAAAUUAAAAUUAAACGAGUGUUGUUAAAUUAACCAAAUCUGGCUCUGUUCGGC